AUGGAAAACCAGGUCCAGCAAUAUGGAGAAGUGAACCAACUGGGUGGUGUAUUCGUCAACGGUAGACCUCUUCCUAACGCUGUACGAUUGCGGAUAGUUGAAUUAUCUCAAGUGGGUAUUAGACCUUGUGAUAUCUCCCGGCAGCUAAGAGUUUCUCAUGGUUGUGUUUCCAAAAUCUUGGCCAGGUACCACGAGACGGGAUCCAUCCUACCAGGUGCGAUAGGAGGAUCGAAACCUCGGGUGACAACACCUAAAGUAGUGGCCUACAUAAAGAAACUAAAACAAAAAGAUCCUGGCAUCUUCGCUUGGGAAAUCCGAGACCGCCUGCUCUCCGACGGAGUCUGCGACAAAUACAACGUGCCUUCAGUCAGUUCAAUAAGUAGGAUACUAAGAAAUAAAAUAGGUUCUCUAGUUCAUACCCAGCCUUACAAUCACCCGUCCUACACCUCAAUGUAUCCCACAUAUCCAUACCCCCAGCAAAAACUCUCCCCUCCCCCCACGCAAAGGCACAACACCCUCCAUUGCUGGCCCAGUUCUCACUCCGUCACAGAUAUCCUCGCGGGUGUACAAGCAGCUAGUUGUUAUAGACGAUCUCACAAUAAUUCAUCUCCCACUCCUUUACCGAACUUACUGACGGGAGUACAACCUGGUUAUAGAGGCUCCCAUGGGAAUCCCCCAGCUUCUUCCUUGUCUGACGUACUAACGUCGGGGACGCCGCCGAGAGGUGUGGAUCAUUUCUCGCAGAACUACAAUUAUUAUAUGUACUUUCAGUCAGGCAAUACCUCGACAGCGAUGCACAUGGUGAAUGGUGGUAUGGGAACAAUGCCUCUAGCUGGGUCUCAAAUCUAG